AUAAUGACGCGGACAAACCAAAAGCCAAAGUCUUCCUUCCUCCAAACCAAAACCCUUCCCAUAUAGUCCUCAUCUCACCACAAUAAACCCGCACAGCCUCAACCCAUAGGGCCUUCUACGCCACCCCGCCAGGUCCGGCGGUCGCCGAUCGCCCCCGUCCUCGGGGUUGGCCGCCGGGACUCGCCCAUGUCAGAAAUCCCCGAUGCCCCUCCGCCCUUCUCUCUGCAGGGGCCAGCACCGCCGCCGCCGCUGCAGCUGUACAAGCAGCGGUCGUGGUCGCCGGAUACGCUCCGCGACGAGGCGUGGCUGCGCCGGAAGGGCAACAACAAGCGCAGGGACCGCCGCAGCAAGAGCGUGACGGACGAGGACGUCGACGAGCUCAAAGCGUGUAUCGAGCUCGGGUUCGGGUUCGGGUCCGGGUUUGAUUCGUCCGAUAACAAAACGGAGCAGAGGUUGUCGGAUACCCUGCCGGCUUUAGGCUUCUACUACGCUGUCAACAAGCGGUACUACGGCACCGUUUCGAAGUCAACCUCGUCUCCGUCGACGGUCUCCGACUGCGAUCCACUGUCGCCGGUGGGCAGCCCCCCCGCCAUAUUCGGCCCCGGGGAUGAUCCAGAGAUGGUGAAGACAAGGCUGAGACAGUGGGCUCAGGUGGUGGCUUGUUCGGUGCGCCAAUCUUCUUCUUGAUCGCUCUUUUCUCAUUAAAGUUAAAGUGGUUCUCUGUGCGGGGUUGGAUCCAUCCACGGCGGCACCGGCUUUCGUUUGGGUUUUGUGAGCAUAAAUAUAUAAUACAUACUUAUCUGUGAGAAAUGAAAAAUUCCUCUCCCCAGUAAUACGACAUGGAUCAACAACCCAUUUAAUUGGAUGAAUUUUGGAUUAAUGACUGUUAAUUAAUUUGCUUUCUUA